AUGCCUGCAGGCGGCCAGUGUUAUGAGCCCGGCCCUUUCUUCCCCACCAUCCCUGGUCAUAUGACCAGGAUGGGAAUCAUCUGUGCAGACACCUUAGAGGAGUUCUGGGAUUAUGAACACCAGGUGGAUCUGGAGGCAUUUAGCAGCAACACCUUCUACAGCCUCCUGCUCAAACAGAGUCUGUCUGUCACCACACGGCUGGGACAGCUCAGUACUGAGGUAAAGGAGCUAUAUCAGGGAGUGCUUGGGAAACUGCAGCUACUCCACCCACGCUCCAUCAUUGAGGAGAAGAUGGGGGAGGGUUAUGAGAGGAUAAGGAGGGAAGUGGAGAGGGAAGUCGUGCGACGAAAGACUCUGGCAUCACAGCUGAGGACACUGCUCGACAGUCAGCUGCAGGUUCUGAGGCGAGAGCAGCAGGCCCAACAGAGAGUCCACAGCAUGUUUACAGUUCAGCUCAGAGAGUGCAUCAGACUACUGUCCAAGGUUUAUAACAACAACCAGCCAUCCUGCGAACUACAUCAGCAAAAUUUGAUCCAGAGGCUUACAUCCCUGGUGGAUGAGAUGGGAGAGCUAGUGUCAGCAGAGUGCCAGCGUCAGGGGGCCUGGGGGUUACUGGGUGAGGGUACAGGGGCCAAGCUGCUCUGCCCUGAUACUGGAACAGUACUGACCAAGGACCACAUCUUUGGUCCUGAUGGUUCCCUGCGUGUCUGUCAUGCACUUCAUUGUGAUUCAGUCACAGGACUCAUAAGACCAAAUGCUCACAGCCAUAUGCUGCUGCACAGCGGCCACACCAUGCCGGUGCCACCUGAUUUCUUUCUCCACCCUCAGACUGGCAGAGUUAUGCCCAUAUUUGGCAACGUGGCUUAUGAUCCCGCAACCUCUACUUUAGUGUUAACAACUGACUCGUGUGCAGGAGACAACAGAAAGUGGGACAGUCCUCUCCUUCCUUUCAUUCCUUACCCAACCUCCCGCCACUCAGACCAGCCUCUGCCCAGCACUCGGCUCAGAGGCCUCAAACCGGGCCAGAGACUGCAGCUGGGUGUACCCAUGGCAGACCCAGACACAGGGGUCCCAGUGCCUAUUCUGGCUGUAACUAUCCACCCUGAGACAGGAUUAGUCUACCCACUAGGUGGGGUGCAUGUCUGUCCUGUCACACGCCUGCUACAGCCCAUCCAGAUUGGCUAUCCAAUGCUAGACUCCAGGACGGGGAAUAUUGUGCUCACUGUUGGAGUCAGUCUAGAUCCAGUAACAGGAGCUGUGCUUCCAGUAGGUGGAGUUCUUUUGGCUGAGUCCAUCAUUGAACCUCUGAGUGGGCGGAUGGUGAGAAUAGGAGGGGCCAGCAUACGGGCUGGGCAGCUGCUUCCCAAUGCUGGAGGAUACCAGGCUCUCCUAGACUGCAAGGUUCUGGCAGUCAUGUUUAAAGUGUUGGAGCUCCUGAAGACACUAACUGAAGAGUGGGGGUCGGACCAAUCUCUGCAACGUCAUCAGGGCAGUGAGAGAGGGAGUGGUCGACAAGAUCAUCUGCUCACUGCAGCCAAGGAGCUCAGGAAGGCCUGGGGAAGGAACCUGCACUGUCAGCUGCAGCUACAGACCAGGUUGGAAAUCUUGCUGGACUGGGCUGUGGGUCUCCAGCAAGAUGGAGGAAGUCUGGGAGACAUGCCUCUCCCAGGUUCAGACAUGUAUGUUCCAGCUCUGGUGGGGAUGGAGUAUCCUGAUCCCAUGGGAUCUGGUCUUAGUGUACCAGUGCUUGGAUGUCAGACUGAUCUUGUCUCUGGGAUUAUAAUACCGUUAGCAGGAACCAUGGAGGACCCAGAUGGAAAAGGCUUAGUGGCUAUCCAGUAUGGCUCUCAGACUGUUGACCCAGUGACAGGGGUGUUGGCACCAGUGGUUGGAGCCAGGAUGGAUAUGUCCAGAAAAACUGUCGUACCUGUCACAGCUUCCUACUGGCUAACGGUGGCAGAUCAAACAGAUAGUGUGCAGGUAGAGGCGCUGCAGAGAGAGGUGUGUCUGAGAAACACUUACUGGCAGCAGCAGAGGCAGCGGGAGGAAGAUAUUCUCUCUGAUCUGGACUCUGCUUUAUUCCAGUGCCUCUUCAGAGUCACAGAAGCAAACUCUUAUCAGGUCCAGUGGUCAGGGAGACAACUGAGAGAAGCAGCCGUGGAGCUGCAGGAUUCAGCGCAGACUGAGGCCCAGAGGAGAGCAGCUCAGCGCUCCCACUUGGCUCUGAUCUUGCCUCCACAUGUAUUACACAUCCUCACACUGGGUGACGGGGGGGAGUGGGAUCAGCAGUGUGUUUGGCACUCAGAGCUACUGUCAGGCCUUGAUAAGGUGGAUGUGUGUAUGGAGCAGCUGCAGCAAGAACAAGAGAAAUGGAUAACACAGGGAGGAGACUGGACUACAUCCCUCCAAGCUAUGGACAGAGAGCUAAGACAGAGAGAGUUGUGGGAGCAGUGUUGUUCCAAACAGACAGAGUUGGACACUGCCCUUAAUGCGCUGCACUUCGUCAGACACCUUUGUCAGCUCCGUGCCGACACCGCUCAGGCACUACUUUGUGGAAACUUUUGGUACAGGGAAUAUGGUCUGGUCCAGUGCAGUGUGCACAGGCCGACUGUGAAGGUCAUGGGUUUACUCCAACAGAUUGCUUUGCCUCUGCUGGAGAGGCUAAACCAACUCCUGGAAGACAAACAACCUGCCAGCUUCUCUCCCAACAUCUGCAAUCAGCACAUUUCUGGUUUGUCAACAAAGCAUGCAUAUGGGUUAGAGAUAUCCUCCAGAGUCUGGACAGCCUCUGUGCCUGUGGUGAAAGGAAUAUCCACCCAGUCUUUGAGGGAGCCUGUCAAUUUAGCUCAAUCCAAGGACACGGGUUGGCAGGCAAGCUCAGCACUGACACGCAACUCACAGAGAAACACUGGAUCCUCAGGAAUUCACUCCCAGGAGAGCCAGAAAGAGUCUGCUCAGCCUACGCAUAUGUCAGUGCCCACAAUUCCAGAAGAGGAGUGGAGCAAGCUGUUGGAGCUCUCUCCUCUGUUCCAGCUGUUGAAGGGGGUGCAGCAGCAGCUGAAGGACUGGGCCUGUGGGGCAGGGCUUCUUAGAGGAGAGCUCACUGAUAAAGGCAAGAGUUUCAUGGAUGUCCUUGAUGCUCAGUGGGAAUGUGAGGGCGAGCUGAUCCCUUUGGACCCAGCGGUCCUUAACCCCAGAGAGUUUCUGGUCUACCAGCAUGGAAUAUUCCUGAUGCACACAUUGAAUAAUCUAAAACUGACUCCUGCCAUUUCACUUCAGAUAGCAGCUAGUCUCCCAAACAACAACUACUUCAACAAUGCCUUCAGAAAUUCCUUCUUUUAUCAGGAGGCAGAGGAGACGCUCUUUGUCCGUCGCCAGAGGCUCCAAUCAGUUGGAGGCUUCUCUCUGCUGCUGCUUCACUGUCUGUCCCAUGUCAAAAUUAAUAACAUGAGCUCUGACUCCAGUCCUGCCUUCCAGAGGCUAUUCUUCAAGAUACUCCAGGCAUGUCUGGGGGAGUUAUUUCAUGCCAGACUGGGCAUAUCUGCUGCUGGACAGGAAGCCAAUUUGAGUGUGUUGUUUCAGGACCAAGAGGCCUCUUCAGGGGACUUAAAGGGGCCUCCUUUAGACUCUCAUGCUGCCUCGCUGCUUUAUAGGCUUCACAAACCAAACCGAGGAUUGCUGUCGGAAGAUGAAGUGGAGGAACUUCAGAAAAAGCACAGGGAAUCGUCUCUGUUCACCAAACUUGAAGGACUUUUGAGAGAGAAUAGCUCUGAAGCAAUGGAGAAAGACGGAGACCAGAUUGUGUCAACAGAUGUAGUGACAGAUACAAGGACUUUUAUCCCUCCACAUUAAUGUUCAAGAUGAAAAAUUCGGUUUUAAAGUCCAAAUAUAUAUAUUUUUUUACUCCAAGUCUUUUUAUUGAUGUUUAUACAAAAAGACAUAGUGUACAAAGUACAUAGAUACAGAAACUUCAGAAAUAAUACAAAUAUAAACAUCACCCCCCCUCGCUCCAACAGAGCCCCAUCCCUGCAACAAUAUUGCUGUACCAUUUAACAAUUCAAUAUUGACUGAGCUUGUAAGCAGACACUUGUACAUACCAAAAUUACAUAUACGAAAAUGUAUAAAAAAUAAAUAAAUAAAUAAAAGAAACACAAAUAAAUAAAAAUAAAUAAAUAAAAAUUUAAAAUUCAAUAUGUAAUCAGAAGCGGUCCUUAUGGGUUGCAGAUUAUAUGCAAUACAAGAUCAGUCAUAUUAAACACCAGUAUUAGCGACAUCUAAUUUCUCUAUAUAACUUAAAAAAAGGUU